UUCACAAGUCACAUUAAAGAUUCACUACAAAAUAAAAAAUCUAUAAUUAGAACGUCAACAAAAAGAAUCAUUUAUGCAUUUGAUUGAAUUAUAAUAUAUGCAAACACACAUUAAUUCGGAUUCUCUCCGAGAAAGUCAACAAUGGCCGCAGCUUGGUCACCAAUUUCUCGUCUCAAAUCUGGCAUAUCCUCUACUGUAUACAUCGUCAUUAUUGAAGUCUUUGUCACUAAUGCCGCUUUUUUUGUUCUUCAGAAAUUUUAUUCUUUGCGAGAUUUUCGCUUCCAUCGUCGUUUCAUUCUACAGACAGGAGGAGAACGAAAUGGCGAUAGGAGAGGCAUUUCUGUCGGCGUUUCUUCAAGUAGUGUUUGAAAAACUGUUAUCACCUGGGGUAACUUUAUUUCUAAAGCUGGUAGGGGCAAAGAUACCACUCAAAAGCAUCAAACAAUGGGAACGAAAGUUAAGGAUGAUUGAUGCAUUGUUGAGUGAUGCUGAGCAGAAGCAAUUUGAUAGCAGUGCUGUCAAGUUAUGGCUGCAGGAUGUCCAAGAUUUGGCUUACGACUUGGAGGAUAUGUUGGACGAAUUUGCCACGGAAGCUCAACUUUAUCAGUUCAAGGCUAAGGAACGGGUCCAUGAACCCAAGGAACAUGACCAUGGGUAUCUUGGCUCAGCAACCAACAUGGUACAAGGCAUUUUGUGUAGCGGUUCUAGAGCUGCAGAGAGUUUCUCCGCCUUGUUUAACUCUGUCACAAACUUAUCAUCCAGGAUUGAAGACAUUAGCAAUCGCUUGCUAGAUAUUCAGACUCAGGCAGGCCAUUUGGGUUUGUCAAUCUGUGUGAUGCAACAGCAGAUGCAAUUAACAGAAAUUCAUUGUAGCUGGCGAGAGACGACGUCUUUAGUUUGUGAACCAUAUGUUUAUGGGAGGGAUAAUGAAAAAAAUGAGAUAAUUCAUCAACUAAUGAAAGAUGAUUCGAAUUAUGAGAAUUAUGCUGUAAUUUCUGUUGUUGGAAAGGGAGGCAUUGGGAAGACAACUGUUGCUCAGUGUGUAUACAAUGAUGAGCAGGUGGAGAGUCAUUUUGAUUUAAAACUGUGGGUUUGUGUAUCAGAUGUGUUUGAUGUGAAAAGGAUAACAACAACGCUUAUCAACUCUGCCACUCAGGAAACUGUUAAUUUUAACAGCCUUGAUCAAGCACAGAGAAAAUUGAAGCAAGUGCUUAAAGGUGAAAGGUUCUUGAUUGUUCUUGAUGAUAUUUGGUGUGACAAAUAUGAUCUUUGGACUCAACUGCAGACUCCUUUCCGAGAAGGGGCGAAAGGGAGCAGAGUCAUAUCAACUACAAGAGUCGAGAAGAUUGCAAGGAUGAUGAUUAAAAAUCCAAGUAAAAGCAAUAUCAUCUAUUUAGAGGGUUUGUCAGAUGUUGAUUGUUGGUGUCUAUUUCAGCACCACGCUAGUGAAGAUGUUGAUGUUUCUGAGAUGCGAGAUGACAUACUAAGGAAAUGUAAAGGAUUGCCUUUGGCUGCAAAAGCUCUUGGAGGCCUCCUGAGAAGCACAAUGGAGAAGAGCCAGAGAGAGAGAAUUUUAAAAAGCAAUGUUUGGAGUGAGGAGGGUGGAGUCUUACCUGCCCUUAGACUGAGUUACUAUCAUCUCCCACCUCCUCUAAGGCGCAUAUUUUCUUAUUGUUCCAUAAUUCCCAAAGGGCAUAGAUUUCUGAAGAAGGAGAUCGUGUUGAUGUGGAUGGCUGAGGGGUUGCUACGAGAAGACAAAGAGGAAAAAAUGGAAGAUAUAGGCGAUAUCUAUUUCCUUGAUCUAAUAUCGAGAUCAUUAUUUGAACCUUGCCCAUCUAGAGGUUUCUUCAUUAUGCAUGAUCUUAUUCAUGAUUUGGCUCAGUGGGCUGCAGGGGACAUCUGCUGUACAAAUGACAUCCAGAGAGUUUGUAACAGAACUCGUCAUUUUUCUUUUACCUCAGAAGUUGCUGAUGAAGCAUUGGGUAGACUACCCAUGGCUAUUGAGGAGGUCAGCCAGUUGCGAACAUUUUCUUUUUUUCAUAAUUAUCAUACUUUUCGGUGUCCUACAGUUCAAGUGUUAGAUUUGUUUUCGAGAAUUAAGUACUUACGCCUGCUGUCCCUCGCUCACAUGAAAAUUGAUGUGCUGCCAGAUUCUAUUGGUGGUCUAAGACACUUACGACAUCUUGACAUCUCGUACACUAAAGUACUAGAGUUACCUGAAUCAACUAGCGAACUUUGCAAUCUCCAAACUUUGCUUUUGAAAGAUUGCACGUUUCUGAGGAAAGUGGUCAAGGACUUGUCAUUCAUGGCUGAACUUCGCCACUUGAACAUUGAUGGCACUGCUUUGCAAGAGAUGCCUAUGGGGAUCGGGAAAUUAACAAAUUUGCAAACGUUGAAUCGGUUUGUCUUGGGAGCUAACAGCGGACACAUGAUACGAGAGCUGAAGAACUUGAUACAUCUCCGCGGCUGUCUGACCAUCUCCGGCCUAGAAAAUGUGGUGAGUGACGAGGAUGCUCGAGAAGCUUGCUUGCACGAAAAAUCAGGUCUUGAUAAGUUGAUUAUAAUUUGGAGAACCUCCACUUAUGAAGUUGUUGAUAACAAACAAAGAGAUGUUCUAGACCAGCUGCAGCCUCACAAAUCCAUUAUAGAGUGCCACUUGUACGAAUACCAGGGCUUGACAUUGCCUGAUUGGUUGGGAGAUUCAUCUUUUACUAAGUUAGUUGUUUUGACACUGUCAUUUUGUGACAGAUGCGAAUGGCUACCACCAGUAGGGCAACUACCCUCACUUGAGAAGCUUUGUAUAGAAAACAUGCAUGGUUUAAAGGUAGUAGGUCCUGAGUUUUAUGGUCUGGGUCAUCAUAAUUCUGAUUGUUUUCCUGCAUUGAAGAUUUUAAGUUUCAAGGCUAUGAAUUCUUGGGAAAUGUGGUUGCCCCCAUCAGUUGACAGCAGAGCAUUUCCCUGCCUUGAAGAGAUUUCAAUUAUUGAUUGCCCAUUACUUCAGGGGUAUUUUCCUUCCCAUCUCCCUUUGCUGCAAGUUCUAGAGAUCAAAAAUUGCUUUCAGCUGAGCGUCUCACUUCCAAGCCUCCCCUUGCUCCAGGAAUUGAUAAUGGAGAGAUGUAGAGGAUUAUCUAGCACAACAGGGGUUAUUACCUGUUCAAAAAGUAUAAGCAUAAACUGUAUUACAGAGUUUACUGCCUUUGAGGGACUUUGGGUUCAAGGACUUCCAAGACUUGUGGUUAAAGGGGAGUCAUAUUACCCAGAAGCAGGAAAGAUGCUGCGAAUCUGCAAGUGUCCAAAACUUCGUACUUUGUGGCCUGAUGGUUAUGGACACUUGGACAACCUGACUUGUGUCGAAUUGGAAAGUUGUCAAGAACAAAUCCCUUUCCUGGAAAGCAAUUUGCCCUCCACAGUGAGACAACUUAGCAUUUGGAAUUUUGAUAAUCUGGAGUCAAUAACCAGGUUGACUGGGUGCUGCCCUUAUCUUGAAGAACUCGAUAUUGAAAAUUGUCCAUCUCUUAUCAUUGUUGAUCAGCUACCCUUGACGCUUCGGCGGCUAAAGAUCUCUCAUUGCCAGUUACUACAGUCUGUGGAACUGAAGGAAUCACCUCACGCUGAUUUUGCAGUUCUUCUGGAGGAUUUGGACAUUGACAACUGUCAAUCUCUGACAUCUUUGUUUAGCAGGAGUCUUCAAGCUAAGGGGUCCUGUUCUACUCUGGGACUGUUACAAGAGCAAGAAAGUAUUACAACUAUUGAGGUUUCAGAGAAACGACUUGGACUGGUUCCAGGGGGAGAGGGUCCAUGUGAACUUACUUUUCUCACUAGACUAAGAAUAAGUAAGUGUCCCGGUCUUGUCUCAUUUCCCGAAGAUCUGCUCCUUCCUCGCAUUAAAAAGCUUAUUUUUUCAUGUUGUGAAAAUAUGGAGUUUCUCCCCACUCGGGUGCACUUUCCUGGAGGAGGUUUACCUAGGAACUUGAUACGUCUUGACAUUUCUAAAGUCAACAUAGCACAGCCCAUUCGAGAGUGGGGUUUAAACCUCCUUUCUUGUCUUGAGCGCCUCAAAGUUGCUCAUGUAGGCUGCUGUUCAGAUUCAAUAGAGUCCUUUCCAACUCAGGAAUUUUGUCUUCCCUCUUCGUUGUGUACCUUGGGGAUCGGAGGUUUCCGGAAUUUGAAGUCAAUAUCCUUUUGCAGCCUUCCCAAUCUGACUAGACUUAGUGUCCAGCUCUGCCCAAAGCUUGAAUACUUUGUUGGCAACAGCAUACCUCUGCGGAUGGACAGUGUGGUGAUAGAAGAAUGUCCUUUGCUGGAACAACAGUGCAAAAUGGCUCGUCAUGGCCGUAUAUGGAUUCAUAGUGGCCGACAUGAUCUAAUGUCCAUAUCUUAGACACGAUUGUUGAAAGAGUAGCCUUUGUCUGGUUAGUCUGUUCAUAUAUACUACAUACUAGUGGAAAACUAUCCCUCUCAUGUAGGCUGUAACUCCUCUCUUCCACCGUCAGCACUCACUCAUGCACUGAUACACACACUAAAAGAAAAUAACUUGUGUCUUUACUUGACUGUUUUUUCUUUUCCCCGUAUGUGCUGCUGAUUUGGUAACACUAUUAAACAACAUUUGUUGGUG